CGCAAGAUGUACAGUUGCAGUUCCCCGAUGGGACGAUGGUUGGGAAGCUUAAUUUUCGUCUAUCUGAUGUUGUGAGGAAAUACGUUGAGGAGAGAACAAUCGAACUGGACGCCUUAGCACACAUUGGGGUCCUCCGAGAUACAAUAUCAAGAGCCACAAAGAUUCGCGACGCGAUCUUUCGGGUUGAUAUCAACGUGUAUGGAAGAAGAGAAAACCAACAAAUGGUUUCAGCCCAUCUGUCCAAAAACAGAGUGUACUUGCAACAUCCCGAUCAACGAAGGCCUGGCUCCGAAUAUGAAAAUCCUCACUUUGUGAUGUUUUCCGAUUUGGAAGAAAUAACCCCACAUCCUGUCUUGCUGCCCAUCGAACACCAAAACUCUGGCUCUAAGGCUUCUGGAAACCUCGAUGCAGAGAUCUUAGACCUGUAUAACCAUCUAACGCGGCAUGAAGAUCUCAGACGGCUGGAGGGCAAUGACCGAAUCACAACCCAAUUACUUCCGCAUCAGGAAAAAGCCCUGGACUUUAUGGUUCAGCGCGAAUCGGGGCCAAUCUCAGAAAAGUACAGUCUGUGGAAACCUGUCGAGUCUGAAGGAGAAACCCGAUACUUGCAUACUAUAACCAAACACUUCAGAUUGACGAAACCAUCAGAGACCGGAGGAGGAAUACUGGCUGAUGAAAUGGGAUUGGGGAAAUCUCUAUCAAUUCUGGCACUAAUAGUCAGAACCCUUGACUCCGGAAGAGAAUGGGCAGCUGAGAGAGCUCGGGCCUCUGAACAGAUUGAGGAAGCCACACAUGGUACCUUGAUAGUGGUGUCGUCAGCGUUACUGAUCAAUAACUGGAUCAAUGAAAUACGGAUGCAUCUUGAACCAGGCUUCAAGGAGUUUAUAUACCACGGAAAGAAACGAUCUGCCCGUCGACAUAAGGUGAAACAUGCCGACAUUGUCAUUACAACUUACCAUACUCUAAUAGCCGAGUUCAAAACGAAGACAUACAGUCCCCUCCAUCGAAUACAUUGGUAUCGCGUUGUCCUCGAUGAAGCACACAUAAUUCGACGACAAGCAACCAAAUUCUGGCGAGCAUGUUACGAACUUGAUGCAAAUUCUCGGUGGUGUCUUACCGGAACACCCAUUCAAAAUCGCCUUGAAGACAUUGGGAAUUUGUUUUCGUUUCUUCGAGUCAGUCCCUUGGACAGACUCUCGAUGUUUCGAAAAUACAUUGCUAUUCCUUUUGAUGAAAGCCAAGAGCGACGCAUCCUGGCACGCCAGAAUUUAGCUCUACUGAUGGACUCGGUGUGUAUCCGAAGGACCAAAGAAAUUCUCAAUCUCCCAGAACAGCAAGACCAGACAAAGUUUUUAGAGCUCUCAUCCGAGGAACGAGUACAGUACGAAAAGAUGUUGAAGAUGAUGAACACGGCCCUGCGAGAAAGCACCAUUGAGAGCGGACAACAGCACAAAUUCCGAAAGUUCCAAGCACAGCUCCAGUUACGGAUCUUUUGCAAUCAUGGUACGUUCCAGGAUCCAAUCUCAUGGACCAAGAGAAACUUUCACAGCGGCGAAGACAUUGCUGGUCUGCUAGGAAUGGGGGGUGAGAGAUGCUGGCUAUGCGACAAGCCUAUUCCUGCACAUGAAUUCAGAGAAUUCUAUGAGUUGUAUAACGAUGUAUACUCGCGCCCACUGUGUCCCGAUUGUUUGGAUGAAAAUGGACAAGAAGAAGAGAAUAUGAAUGUUCAAGCUUCCAAGUUGGCUGAAAGUCUUGUCGGCCAUAAUCAAUAUUUUCGUUCAAAUGGAUAUUCGAUCAAGAUGGAGACCCUUGUCACUGAUGUGCAGGAAGAUCUAUGGAAUUCUAAAAGUAUUAUAUUUUCGUUUUGGACUCGCACUCUGGAUCUUAUUCAGCGAUGCCUCGCGGAGAAAGAUAUUCCGUGCGAACGCAUCGACGGCGCCUGUCCUCUGACGCGCCGUCAGGUCAUUCUUGAUGACUUUGCUAAAAAACCGGACCUGCCAGUCCUCAUCAUGACUACCGGAACAGGCGCAUACGGCUUGAACCUGACAGCCGCUAACCGAGUGUUCAUCGUGGAACCGCAAUGGAACCCAAGUAUCGAAAAUCAAGCUAUUGCCCGUGCUCUGCGACUAGGACAGGAGAAAGAGGUUCGAGUGAUUCGAUAUGUGAUCAAACAGACAAUUGAGCAGGAAAUGCGGGCACAGCAAGAGAGAAAGCUCAAGAUUGCCGCAGCAACUCAGAGGCCGGCUUGAUUGAUCUGCCGCUUUCGACACGCAUGACGAUCUAUGGAAUGUUCCGAUUCAGCGUCAUCUCAGACAUGCUAAGCCUCUCCAUAGAUGAAUAUAGAGGACGAGUUUCUAAGGGCAAAGGAUUAGUUUUCC